AACCUUUACACUGGCUGACAGGGCCAGUGAGUGGCCCGAGGACCUGCCAGUCAGUCAACCAGGCUUCCCGACCUUUAGUCAAGAAUGUUCCCAGCUAGACAAGCAGCACAGGCUGGAGGCAGAGCCCAGCAGGGGUGAACUGCACAGGCUUGGCAGUCCAGGAAGCCCAUGCUGUCGCUACAAGCUUGGUACCCUGCCUAGCUACUCCACUGUUACCGGCAAACAUGCGGGGACCCGGGCUGCUGCUGCUCCUGCUGCUGCUGGCCCUGAGGCGGCCGGCCCUGGCUGUCAUCCCAGAGGAAGAGGAGGACCCCGCCUUCUGGUACCAAAAGGCCAAUGAGGCCCUGGCUGAUGCCAGGAAGCUGCAGCCCAUCCAGACAGCAGCCAAGAACCUCAUCCUCUUUCUGGGCGAUGGGAUGGGGGUGCCCACGGUGACAGCCACGCGGAUCCUGAAGGGGCAGCUGAACAACAAGCUGGGGCCCGAGACCCCCCUGGCCAUGGACGAAUUCCCAUACCUGGCCCUGUCCAAGACAUACAACGUGGACAGGCAGGUGCCCGACAGUGCUGGCACUGCCACGGCCUACCUAUGCGGGGUCAAGGCCAACUACGGGACCAUCGGCCUGAGCGCAGCUGCCCGCUAUGACCAGUGCAACACCAGCCAUGGCCAUGAGGUGCUCUCAGUGAUGUACAGGGCCAAGCAGGCAGGGAAGUCUGUGGGAGUGGUGACGACCACGCGGGUACAGCACGCCUCGCCUGCCGGCACCUAUGCACAUACAGUGAACCGCAACUGGUACUCAGAUGCCAACAUGCCUGAAUCGGCACGGCAGGAGGGUUGCCAGGACAUUGCCGCUCAGCUCAUCUCCAACAUGGACAUCGAUGUGAUCCUGGGUGGGGGUCGCAGGUACAUGUUCCCUGAAGGGACCCCGGACCCUGAAUACCCAAGUGACAUCAACCAGAGUGGGACCAGGUUGGAUGGACGAAAUUUGGUAGAGGAAUGGCUGUCAAAGCAUCAGGGGGCCCGCUACGUGUGGAACCUUACAGGGCUCCAGCAAGCCUCUGCGGAUGCCAGCGUGACCCACCUCAUGGGUCUCUUUGAGCCCUCAGAUAUGAAAUAUGACAUCCAGCGGGACCCGCAGCAGGACCCCUCCCUGGUGAACAUGACAGAGGCUGCCAUCCGUCUGCUCAGCCGGAACCCCCUGGGCUUCUACCUGUUUGUGGAGGGCGGCCGCAUCGACCAUGGUCACCAUGCGGGCACAGCUUACCAGGCGCUCACCGAGGCCGUGGUGUUUGACAGCGCCAUUGAGCAAGCAGGCCAGCUCACGGAUGAACAGGACACGCUGACCCUGAUCACCGCUGACCACUCCCACGUCUUCUCCUUUGGGGGCUACACGCUGAGGGGCAGCUCCAUCUUCGGCCUGGCCCCCACCUUUGCCCAGGACGGCAAGACCUACACCUCCAUCCUGUAUGGCAAUGGUCCUGGCUACGCACUCAGUGACGGUGACCGCCCCAACGUCACUGAGACCAACAGCAAUGACCCUGACUACCAACAGCAGGCAGCCGUGCCCCUGUCGAGUGAGACACAUGGUGGCGAGGAUGUGGCACUGUUGGCGCGCGGGCCACAGGCGCACCUGGUGCACGGGGUGCAGGAGCAGAGCUACGUGGCACAUGUCAUGGCCUUUGCUGCCUGCAUUGAGCCCUACACCGACUGCGGCCUGCCACCCCCUUUCAGUGGCGCUCACCCCGGGCCGUCCGCGGGUCCCUCGCUGCCACUGCUGGCAGGGACUCUACUGCUGUUGCUGGGGGUGACUGCCUUACCCUGACCCACCCAGCUCCAUACCACUCUCCCCACCCAGUGUGGAGCUGUCAGAGCUCCAGCCUGUGUUCCCUGUACCCUCCCCUUGAAGCCUCACCUGGCCCCAGGCGGCCAAGGCCCACCGGUGUGGCCUCUGUGACCCUGUGCCUCCCUCCCCUACUGAGCCUAACAUCCUGGGCUCUACCA